AUGCUGUGUCCACUGCUGUUGCUCAUCCGUGGCCGGAGUGGGAUCAGUUUGUUGAUAAGAUGAGGAACAAAGGGUACUUUGCGAAAACUAUGGAGGAGUCCUCGGAUGCGGCUUCGCCCUCGUCGUCUUACUCUGCUGCUGCUAUGGAUCUCAACAGAGUCAAGAAUGCAUGUCUUUCGUUCGCGCGAGAGCGUUAUGAUAUUAUCAAAUCUUUGCCUAAAGAAGAUAUUCAAACCGUUGUCGAGUGUGGGUGUCCAAAUCUAUUCCGGAAAGCUGUUAAUUCAGCAAAAAGAUUGAGAGCAUUUCUCAGACUUGAUGAAGGAGAUGUAUGUGGUGCUUGCAAUCUACGUGGAUCUUGUGAUAGAGCAUAUACAAUUGAGAAAGAUGGUGAUAAAGCUCGUACUGUGGAUAUCAUGCGUAUUUUAAUGACUUAUGCGGUUGAUCCAGCUCUUCAUUCAGGGGGAACAAAUCCCUCUAUGACAGAACAUGUUCAGGAGUCUGCUCGGAAGCUGCUCACUGAGCUGAUUAAACUAAGUGAUACAACCAUUGAUCCAGCCCUUCCAAAAAGUGAAGUGCUAUCUAAAAAGAAAGAAUCUUCUGAGAAAUCUCGAGAGGUCAUUACUAAGAGCAAACAUUCAGAACAUUCAAACAAUGUUGAAAUGAAGAGAGGAGACUGGAUGUGCUCUAACUGCAAUUUCCUGAACUUUGCUCGAAACAUACGCUGUCUGGAGUGCAAAGCAGAUGGACCGAAGAGAGUGGAGCCCACAACAUUAGAAAUGAAGUUAGGGGAUUGGACCUGCCCCAAGUGUGAGUUUAUGAACUUUGCUCGCAACAAAAAGUGUCACCGCUGCCAAGAAUUCAGACCAAAAAGAGAACUUAAUCCUGGAGAAUGGGAAUGCCCAAAAUGCGAUUUCGUGAAUUUCAGAAGAAACACAAUUUGCAAAAAAUGCAACUGUGAGCGCCCUGCUUAUAAUGAGGCUGGUGGAUUCGAUGAUCAUGUAUGGAAAAACCCCAGAACUGCCAAAAUCGAUAAAGUUUUGAAGUUUAGAGACAAUAAGAAUGAUCUUGAUUUCGAUGAUGAUGAAAUCGAUGCUAUGUUACCGGAUUAUGGAGAGAAAAGAGUUGUCACAGGCAAGACGGCUCGGAGGUAAUAUCACAGCUGAGAGGAAGUCGCGGUCAGAUGCGUUUGCACGAGGAUUAGCCGCACGUAUAAGCUUUGGAAUAUUGAGAUAGCUGAUGUAAAGAUUCUAGCAAUUUGUGUUUAUCGAUUGAAAGAAACCGAUCUAAAUGCUGCAGUGAAAGCGAAACUUUUUGCUAUGUACUAAUUUGUUUCAUGCUGAAGCUCAAUGAUUAUAUUGAAUAUCAUCGAAGCGGCUAUUUGAGAAAAAGUGGGGAAUAUAUGCACCUUGUCGUGUGCGAUCGAUGUAGUUAUUAUCUACAGAUAGAUAAACUACUUCCUUGCUGAGAAUGGUUUCGUGGAUCUUGUGGCCAAAUGAGUUCUUUCUGCUCUCAAGGAGCUCUCUCUUUUCUGUACAGAGACUGUAUCGUAAGCGCACGAGAGCUUUUUCUUUACUUUCUUCAUUUUUCAUGUAGUUUUUUCUGUGAAAACCAUUUCAUAAGUAAUUGCAAGGAAAUUAGAUUAAAAAAACAA